AUGUAAUUCUUCGACAUUACAAAUUUAGAAAAGAACUCCUAAAAUUUAAAAUCUAAGAGUAUUGUUUAGCUUCCUCAGAGUCCAAAAAAGAAACACUAGAUAAAUUAUUUGGAUAUGACUAAUUUCAAGUUUGAUUGGAUUAGAUUAGAUGAAAAAGAAGUGGAAGUUAUGAAAGAGGAGAGUCCAAACAUCUACAAAUUCUCACUUUAAGAAUAGUUCUCUUGGUUUCAAAACCAACAUACUCACAUCACCUACCCACAACAGAUUGAACAUGGAAAUUUUAUUGAAUCUCUAAUGAAACACUAAAUUGAUGAAUAAAAAAGACAUGACCUAUUAUGUUGGAUGGAUCACGUAAUGGGAAAUUGUAAAUAUGCUUCAAUAGAAACAUACUUUUUGGCAAUCUCACUUUUGGAUAAAUUUCUCCAAUAGACCACUUUAAAACUAUCCAACUCGGACAUGUUGGUGAUUGGAGUUAGUUGUCUGAGUCUUGCCUCCAAAUACAAAGAUCGCCCUUGUUUAUCAUCCCAAGAAUUGAUUUAAUUGACUUGUGAUAAAAUGGAUGAACUUAGACUGGUAGAGUGGUAAUUUACUAUUUUAAACACUCUUCAACAUUAAGUUGAAAUUCCUAAUUACUUUAAGAUUUUCGAUUACAUAAUGAGAGAUUUGGAAUACCGAUAUUAUAAAUAUAUCUCUUCAGAUGUUGUUUAAAACUCUUUGGUGAGUAGGAAAUUCAAAGCUAUUUAUAAGUGUGGUCUGAACUUAUUAAAGUUUGUCUCUCAAUAUUAUGAUACCACUAUUUUCCAUCAAAGUUCCAUUUCUUAUGGAACUAUAUUCUACACUAUUAAACGGAUGGAAUUACUCCAAUAUUCUAUUCCUAAGGAUUUAAUCAACGUGCUCAAAGAAAUACAACUAGACUAGGCGAUCAUUAAUACAGAAAUUGUUUUGAAACAUAUUUAUCGAUUAUGUCAAAAUGGGAUGUCUAGCAAAUAAUAGAAAUAUUUUAAAGAUUGA